UUCCAAAAACGCUUCAUGGGUUUGGAUGGUGGUGGGGACUUCGUGCUCUCUGGAAAAUCAACGAAGAAAGAGAGGCUCAGAAAAUUAAGUGCUCUUGGUACUGCAAAAACGACGAGCUUUCGAGACUGCGAAAUGGGUUGCAACGUGUCUGACAGAGACGAUGAGCUCCCCAGUAAGAGAUUUAAGCUUCCCAGAAAGUUUUUUUAUGAUUGCAAUGGCGUUGAUCAUGCCUCUGUUCCACGGAAGCUGCGAUCAGCAAUGAAGAAGCGCAACCGUGAAUCCGCAUCUCCGUCCCCGUCUUUACCAGAUGCAAAGAAGGUGAACCAUACAAUGAGUGGGAUCGAACUUAUGAAUAAAGACGGCGGCUCAGAAAUCACAAAAGAUGAGGAAGAAGUUGUGGAGACCUUGUAUGCUUUGGCUGGACUGUUCCCCAGGAACGACGUAAAUGAUAAUAGUACAGUAGACAUUGAAUCAUUAGAUGCAAAUCCUUCAGGUUUGCCAGGGUCAAAGGAGAGUUUGACAUCUGCAUUUGAAGAUGGAAAAGAGAAAUUGGGUUCAUAUUGCCCCUUGAGAGCUACCAAGGCCGCCGAUCCAUCAAAUGUAGAAAGAUUAGGAAAAGAAACUGAUCAAGUUGAUCGUUUGAACGAACCCAGUAGCCAACAUGAGCCUGAAUUGCCUAACAGCAGGAAAUCAUGUAUAAGUUCAGAUAAUUCCAUUCCUCAAAAUCUGAAUGUUUCGUCAUUGUCAGUGAAAGUUGAGGGGUGCAAUGAAAAACCUGCUACAGGCAAUGCUGACAACUUUUGCAAAUCUGAUAUAAGCCUGGAUAGUCGCAGGUUAAAGCAGCCUGUGCAAGAGUUGUUCUCGGUUCCUGAGAGAAAACCAGUAACUGCACUGGAGUUGGGCACAACUAUUAGAGGUCAAGUUGAACUGCAUGAUACGGAUCAGGAAGCCAAGAAAAAUGGUCCAGUAUUGUGGCCUGGCUUGUCUUCAAGUGUGUCUCUUGGUGCUAGCAAUGAUAGUCCAUCAUCAUUGUCACAGUCUCCUGCUGCUAAAAUUCCGCACUGGCUGGAUGCUGCCUUGUCUACCUCGAGAGCUUCUGUCCAAAAUAGUUCGUCUUUUGGAAAGGUUACUACUGUUCUCAAUGGUAGAAGGUUGUGUAAGAAGUGCGCAGCUCAUGUUUACAUAAGUCACUUGAUUCAGGCUUUACAAAACUCCGAGUGUAAGAAUAAGUUACAGCUACAGCCUAAUCAAAUGAGACCACAUGAAGGAUUAAAACAGGUGGCUCUUCUGGGAGUUAAUGUCUAUGCUAAUGCAAACAAUGGUUCAAAUGGGAUUGUUGCUACUAGUAGCAUCGAUAUUUCUAGUUCUGAAAAAAAUUCAGCCGAAGCUAAGAACGGUACACUGCAGCAGACGAAGCUCCAUCAAGAUCAGCCACAGUUUGCUAUGGGAUCUCGAGCAUACGCUUCACCAAAGCAGAGUUUUGAUUUCCUGUCACUGUCAGCUGGAGGUGGUGGCUCAGAAACUAAUAAUAGUUUUAGCAGAGCUAGAAAGGGGAUGGAGGCAUCAUCACAAUCCCAAGGCCCGUAUAUUCAUCCUCUCAUGCAACGUCACACACUCAUUCCUUUCUCUUUGCCCCAGUCUCAGUACAGCUCUUCUGCUCACCCUAACAAUCCUUCAGUGUCUCAGCAGGCCCAGAUGCAGCUACCUCCAUAUCAUGGCAACCCAUUUGGUCCUCAAGCAAGUCCCACAGCAUCGACGAAGCAGCAACCUCAACAGCAACAUCUACAGCUCCAACAGCAUCAGCAGCAUCAGCAGAGGCUUUGGGCCGCUCACUUAGCUGCUAAUUACAGGCCAGUGGGAACUUCGGCGCCGGCAGUUCAUUUUCCCAGUUGGCAAAAUGGAAGGCAGGAUUCGAUGUUGAUUCCAUGCAGCCAAGGCCUUAUGUCUCCAUCCCCGUCAACGCUUGAACUUGUUGGUCCCAAAUACGCACCACUGUCUCCACAACAGCAGCAGCUAAUGGCUGUUACUUCAUCUUUUCCUCCCGGUAGGGUAAAACGACAAGAACACAAUCUACCUUCUGUGUACGAGGAGUCUGGAGGUGGAUUUCGUUCUGGAAGUGCAUUGCCACUGCAGUUGCUCUGCAGCGAGCACCUCUAA